GCAUGCAGUCCACCAAUCCAGAUAUAGAUGGGCGGAGUGAAAACAUAGAUUCUCCGACUGAGGUGGGAGGUUUUAUAUGAAAGACUUGCGUUUAUAUCGCGAUUGAGGAUAUGGGUACACAGCAUUGAUAUCUCCCACAUUGUAUGCUCCACGCGUGCGAAAAACCGAGUCCUCCCAGAUAUUACGCAGUCUAUUUAAAAGCAACAUCCACAGACUCAUUCCAUCACUCAGCACUUCGGUCGUCUCACCUGCACUCGCGGUGUUCGGGAGAGGUAUAUGAUGGAUCAGGACAAGUACUUGCCAGAGCUCAUAACCGAGAAGGAAAGCUUGGACCCGUCGUUCGUGCAUGCCUUGCGCCUUCUCGCUGAAGAAAUUGAAAAAUUUGAAGGAGAUGAGUUAAGAAAAGAUGGCGAAGUGAAGAAGUACUUGGAUAUCAUCAGCAACAAAAACAUCAAGCUGUCAGAGAGAGUGCUGAUUCCAGUACAGCAGUAUCCUAAGUUUAAUUUUGUUGGGAAGCUGCUGGGGCCCAGGGGCAAUUCCAUGAAAAGAUUACAAGAGGAAACAGGAGCAAAGAUGUCCAUCCUCGGCAAGGGUUCGAUGAGAGACAAGGGCAAGGAGGAAGAGCUAAGGAAAAGCGGCGAGGCAAAAUAUGCCCAUUUGAGCAACGAUCUUCAUGUUUUAAUUGAGGUCUUCGCGCCACCUGGAGAGGCUUAUUCCCGCAUGAGUCAUGCCCUGGAGGAGAUUAAGAAAUUCCUUGUUCCAGACUACAACGAUGAGAUCAGGCAGGAGCAGCUUCGUGAGCUCUCUUACUUAAAUGGCUCGGAUGACCCAAGCAGAGGAAGAACUGUUCGAGGGCGUGGCUUACGUCUGGCCUCUACAGCCUCCACGCGAGGUCGAGGAGGUGCAGCUCCACCCCCUCCACCAGGACGAGGAGCAGCAGCACCCAGAGGAACUGUGGGUACACGUACCUCCGUCCCUACACCCACUAGAGGAGUGUCUGCACCCCGGGCCAGAGGAACUCCAGGAUACAGACCCCCGCCACUGCAGGUCACGCACAAAACCUACGAGGACUGCGGAUAUGAUGAUGGUUAUGAUGGGGAAUAUGAUGACGAGAGUUAUGAGGCCUAUGAUGAGAAUUACAGCAACCAGUCAAAAAGUGUUUCAGAGUAUUAUGAAUACGGACACGGAAAUAAUGAAGACGCCUACAACAAUUACGCAGAAGAGGACUGGAUAUCAUCCCGGCCCAACCUCAAAGCUCCAGCACAAAGAGUCACUCGAGGGGGCUACAGAGAUCACCCCUAUGGUAGAUAUUAAAGGUGCUCCAGAUCAUGUGACCUCCCCACAAUGGCAACCUAAUUUACUAAAUAAUCUAAAAAAUCAUUUCUGAUAGGUCAAUCAUGUUUUAAAGUCACCUCAAACCCAGAAUACACCUUACCGAACCCUUCUUUUUUAUCUGAAAUUGUGGACUUCUUUGUAAGAUGACAAACAUUGGUAAAAAGUUCAAUUCUGAUAAUAUUUUUUUGUCAUGGAAUGCUCCUACCUUUAGUUUUCCAUUGUUUGCCCCCCCCCAAAUGUAAAGCAUGGAAUUAUCUACAGUACACACUGUAUGUCAAAAGCAAAAAUGUCUAGGCCACAGUGAAGAAACUCACAUUGUACAUAACAUCUUUCUUAAUACUUUUUGAUUUGAUGAUGUUAAAUACUGAGUUUGUAUAUUUAAUUUUGAUAUCAGUAUUGGGUUGACUAUGUAAGUAGCCACAUACAAGUGCUUUGCUUUGUGUGUAGCUUGUAUUUGUACAUUAAAAAUGUAAUAAAAAGGAUGUAAAGCGCCUUGUGCAAGCAUCUCUAAAUAGGUGAUUUUAAUUGUUAAACUUGUGUUGCUAUAAUUUGUUAAUAAAGAUGACAUCAUUUUUGUAAAAUUAGAUAGGUACUUGUCUAGCACUAAAUGCCUGUUUGAGCUGAGAAAAUGGCUAAUAUGUUUUUUUCUAUAUAUAUCCAUCUAUAUAUAGUUAAUGAAGAAAAGCAACAAAAAGAAACCGUCUAGACGUUGUCAAGUCAUUUUGUGUAAUAAUAGAUAAGCUACAUUAAUACAAUUAAACUUUGUUAAAUAAUUUUUAACAUUAACUCUAAAUUGUUCAUUGACUCUUGAUUAGUCAUUUAAAUGUUGAACAUGUUAAUGGACAUCAACUGUUUAGCUCAAUAAAUUGAAUCUUUUUUAACACACUCUUUAAGCUUCAGCUUAUUAAACAAAAAUUCUGACCGACGUGCCUGUGCUAGCGUCACUCUGAGAAUGAUAUGGAGAUUGAGGAGGUAAGAACGUCCCCACAUUACAAUAAACUGUUCUACAGCCCUUGGUGUACAGCCCACUUGUGGCUUAAAUUGACUCACAUGAGUGAAUGGGAUCCAGUUAAAAUGCUUGAUCUUUGCUACAGUACCUACAGUAUAUUCUUCUGCUAUUUAUGUUAAUGAACAUCAGAAGGCUGCAUUUGUGUUGUAAUAGCAAUGCUUUUAAAUAUCAGCAUCACUGAGGCCCCAAAGAGACCUGAACUUUUCUUUGUGACUAUUAGAACUGAAUGCUGACGCGUUUUAAGACACCGAAAGGAUGACUAGACAUUAAGCAGGUGCCAUUGUCUCUGUGAGCUGAGAUGCACUGGAUUGAAUCAGUCUCGGAGCUUUCCAAUCAGUAUGUGCUGCAUACUGAUAAAACCAGUUGGUGGGAAGUGCGGAGCCUUCGUCUUAUUCAGCUGAGGUGCUUACAAACAGUCCAUGCAGGCGCUGUACGUCCGUGUAAUGUCCACCUUCAUGGAUCCUAAAGCACUUCAUCAAUCUUGGCAGAAAAUGUUUCCACAUUUCUAUGAAAGUUGAACAAUGGUUUAGAAGAUUGAUCUCUGCCUGGAUUCACUUACCACAGAUGACACGCUGGAUUAUCUGUAGUUAUAUUCUUAAUUUUGAUCACAUCUGGUCUGAAAUUCCUGAUUCCACUGGAUGAAAUCUGGGUUACAGUGUGGUUUGCCUUAUACAGUAUUGUGAUGCAGUUGACCCAUUAAUUCAAUACCAGCUAAAUGCAUUCUCAUGGUUAAUCCUAUGCUGUAAAGUCUGGUUUUCAUAUAAUCCUUCUUGAUCAUAGAUCCUCUUUUCUCUUAAUCUUUUCAUCCUAAAAGACAAAAAGGUCAUAACUGGAUUAAAUGGCUUUUGAAGAUGUUGUGUAUUUUUGAGUGUGUCAUCUUUACUAGGUCUCAUCAAUGACAUGCAGCAAAUGAAAAAAAUGUGAAAUUGCUAAAUGGCUUUAACCUUUUGCUUGGUGCAUUCAUUUUAGGCAGAUUUACAACCACUUCCAGUCUAAAACCAUUUUCUGCUAUUUAUUUAAGGCCUCUGUGGUUCGGUGUUGAAUUUGUUUUGACAUCCUUCAAUAAUUUGGAUUUCAUCUAUAUCAUAUUAUUUUAAAGUGUCUCUUCACGUGUUGUUUUUAUCAGCUUUAUCUCUCUCUACAAGCAGGCUUGAUGAAACACUAAAUGAUACUAAAAGCUAAUUGGCUAUAAAGGUCAGCUCUCAUUAUCAUUAGUUAUUUAUAUGGAAGGCAAAUUUCAUUUUGGUUCACUUGUGCAUUUUGGUUGGAAGGAUAUGUAUACGUAAAUAUAAAUUUAACAAGAAUAUAUAUUCUGAUUGGUCAGUUUAUAAAUGAGAAGAGGCUUUACGCUGUGAGCUUCCACCGUGGAGUAUUCAUGGAGUAAUUUGCAAGGGCUACUUUGCAGAAAUUAAAUACAUUUAUUUUUAUAUUUAAUAUUAUUAACAUUUUACAAUAAGUUAGCUAACAUGACCUAACACUGAACAAUAUUUUUAUAGCUUUUAUUAAAAAAAUUUUUAAUGCUAGGUAAUACAUAUAUACAGUAAUUGUUCAUUUUUCAUUUUCAAGAUCAUGAACUUAGUGUUAAUCAAUGUUAACUGUUGAUUUAAAAAAUGUAUUAGUAAGUUGUAGAAAUUGACACUACGAUUACUAAAUGCCGUAUAAAUCAUUUUGCAAGACGUAAACAAUACUGGUCCAUUAGCACUUCAUGUGUGUGUUUAUUUACAGUAUAACACUACACAAACGUUAGAACAAAAUACAACCAACAGAACAUUUAGAACUGAAUCGAAAUCAAACAAAGUUUAAACUAACAAACAAAGAAGUUAAGCAAACAUCUGAAAGACUUAUUUAUAUACUGUACGUGAAAUAAAAAUAAAUCAAUAAAUCAAUCAGGAAGUGCUUCUGCACCAGUUUUGUUUGUGUCUUGCAAAAUGAUCUAUAAAUAUGUAUUACAAUUGUUAGUUCAUUUGAACUAAUAAACUUAACUAAUGUUAACAAAUGGAAUCUUAAUGUAAAGUGUUAGUAGUUCAUUUGACCACUUGUUCUGUUGAUUUUGAAUAAAUGUUUGAGGAGGCUCAGCCUCUCUGG